AUGCUCACUAUCGCCGUCAGGAGAUCUCGAGCUACAGGAGAGUGCAGGGCUAUGAGGAAACACCGGCAGGCCGCUGGCGGUGAGCUAUGGGGAUCGACUGAGAUGGGAUUCCUGCCAGUUGAGAAGACGGUUGCGAUUGAUCCUACACAGCAUACAGAGUGGCUUGCCUCCAAGGCCCUCGGUGAUGGAAUGCAGGAGUUUGAAGACAUAGUAGAGGCUGAUGUCCAGUGA